AUGGACCAGGUGAACCAUGAGGAAAGUAUUAUAUGUUUUAUUGUUGAAGCUUCUACUUAUAAAUUCUGUAACGAAGAAGAGUUCGAGACAAGUGACCUGCCUCCCUUCCCCAAGCUCGGUACAACAUUCACGUCCUCAGAGACAGUGGUACACUGCACGAGUCUUGACGUCUCAUGUCCCCACCCACCAGACCUGCCUCCAUCUCCAGUGUUCCACCCACCAGACCUGCCUCCAUCUCCAGUGUUCCACCCACCAGACCUGCCUCCAUCUCCAGUGUCCCACCCACCAGACCUGCCUCCAUCUCCAGUGUCCCACCCACCUGACCUGCCUCCAUCUCCAGUGUCCAUCUCCAGUGUUCCCCCACCAGACCUGCCUCCAUCUCCAGUGUCCCACCCACCAUCUCCAGACCUGCCUCCAUCUCCAGUGUCCCACCCACCAGACCUGCCUCCAUCUCCAGUGUCCCACCCACCAGACCUGCCUCCAUCUCCAGUGUCCCACCCACCAGACCUGCCUCCAUCUCCAGUGUCCCACCCACCAGACCUGCCUCCAUCUCCAGUGUUCCACCCACCAGACCUGCCUCCAUCUCCAGUGUUCCACCCACCAGACCUGCCUCCAUCUCCAGUGUCCCACCCACCUGACCUGCCUCCAUCUCCAGUGUCCCACCCACCAGACCUGCCUCCAUCUCCAGUGUCCCACCCACCAGACCUGCCUCCAUCUCCAGUGUCCCACCCACCAGACCUGCCUCCAUCUCCAGUGUUCCACCCACCAGACCUGCCUCCAUCUCCAGUGUCCCACCCACCAGACCUGCCUCCAUCUCCAGUGUCCCACCCACCAGACCUGCCUCCAUCUCCAGUGUUCCACCCACCAGACCUGCCUCCAUCUCCAGUGUCCCACCCACCAGACCUGCCUCCAUCUCCAGUGUCCCACCCACCAGACCUGCCUCCAUCUCCAGUGUCCCACCCACCAGACCUGCCUCCAUCUCCAGUGUCCCACCCACCAGACCUGCCUCCAUCUCCAGUGUCCCACCCACCUGACCUGCCUCCAUCUCCAGUGUCCCACCCACCUGACCUGCCUCCAUCUCCAGUGUCCCACCCACCAGACCUGCCUCCAUCUCCAGUGUCCCACCCACCAGACCUGCCUCCAUCUCCAGUGUCCCACCCACCAGACCUGCCUCCAUCUCCAGUGUCCCACCCACCUGACCUGCCUCCAUCUCCAGUGUCCCACCCACCAGACCUGCCUCCAUCUCCAGUGUCCCACCCACCAGACCUGCCUCCAUCUCCAGUGUCCCACCCACCAGACCUGCCUCCAUCUCCAGUGUUCCACCCACCUGACCUGCCUCCAUCUCCAGUGUACCACCCACCUGACCUGCCUCCAUCUCCAGUGUUCCACCCACCAGACCUGCCUCCAUCUCCAGUGUUCCACCCACCAGACCUGCCUCCAUCUCCAGUGUACCACCCACCAGACCUGCCUCCAUCUCCAGUGUACCACCCACCAGACCUGCCUCCAUCUCCAGUGUACCACCCACCAGACCUGCCUCCAUCUCCAGUGUCCCACCCACCAGACCUGCCUCCAUCUCCAGUGUCCCACCCACCAGACCUGCCUCCAUCUCCAGUGUCCCACCCACCUGACCUGCCUCCAUCUCCAGUGUCCCACCCACCUGACCUGCCUCCAUCUCCAGUGUCCCACCCACCUGACCUGCCUCCAUCUCCAGUGUCCCACCCACCUGACCUGCCUCCAUCUCCAGUGUCCCACCCACCUGACCUGCCUCCAUCUCCAGUGUCCCACCCACCUGACCUGCCUCCAUCUCCAAAAAAAAAAGAGAAGCAAAAGAAGAAUCCUUGGUUUAAUAAGGCAUGUAUGAAAGCAAAGGAACUGAACAAAAGGGCGUGGAGGAGCUUAAGAAAUGUUAGUGUGAGAAGAGAAGCUGAGACAAAGUAUGAAAGUGAUAUAACUAAUAAAGCCAAGACCGAACCAAAACUACUACACAGUAACACCUGGAGGAAUACAACAGUGCAGGAAAAAGUGAUAAAACUUAGAACGGGUGAGAAGACGGUAAAGACAACACCACAUGUGGUCCUCAAGACAACACCACAUGUGGUCUUCAAGACAACACCACAUGUGGUCCACAAGACAACACCACAUGUGGUCCUCAAGACAACACCACAUGUGGUCUUCAAGACAACACCACAUGUGGUCCUCAAGACAACACCACAUGUGGUCCUCAAGACAACACCACAUGUGGUCUUCAAGACAACACCACAUGUGGUCUUCAAGACAACACCACAUGUGGUCUUCAAGACAACACCACAUGUGGUCUUCAAGACAACACCACAUGUGGUCUUCAAGACAACACCACAUGUGGUCCUCAAGACAACACCACAUGUGGUCCUCAAGACAACACCACAUGUGGUCCUCAAGACAACACCACAUGUGGUCCUCAAGACAACACCACCUAUGGUUCUAAAGACAAGACCAGAUGAAUAA